UUUCCCAGAGAAUGACAAUAUGAGAUAUGAUGGUUCUGGUCAUCCUUCUUAGGUUCCUGAAAUUCCCAGCCCUUCUUCAUCCCCAGCAGACAGAAGAGCAGCAUGAGGCCUGAGAACCAGAGCAGCGUGUCCCAGUUCCUCCUCCUGGGGCUCCCCAUCCCGCCAGGGCAGCAGAGCGUGUUCUUCACCCUGUUCCUGGGCAUGUACCUGACCACGGUGCUGGGCAACCUGCUCAUCAUCCUGCUCAUCAGGCUGGACUCUCGCCUGCACACGCCCAUGUACUUCUUCCUCAGCCACUUGGCCUUCUCUGACAUUUCUCUCUCCUCUGUCACUGUCCCUAAGAUGCUCAUGAAUAUGCAGACUCAGCAACAAUCCAUCUCCUAUGUGGGGUGCAUUUCUCAAUUGUAUGCAUUUAUACUUUUUGGUGGUCUUGACAAUUUUCUUCUGGCUGUGAUGGCCUAUGACAGGUACGUGGCCAUCUGUCAUCCUCUACAGUACACUACCAUAAUGACGGAGGAGCUUUGUGCACUGCUGGUGGCUGGCUCCUGGAUGGUUGCCUGUGGCAGUGCCCUUUUGCACACCCUCCUCUUGGUCAGAUUAUCUUUCUGUACCAACAAUACCAUCACCCACUUCUUCUGUGACCUUGCAGCACUCCUGAAGCUGAGCUGUUCCGACAUCUACCUCAAUGAGCUGGUCAUAUUCACCGAGGGAGGAAUGAUUUUCUUUAUGUGUUUUGGUGUUAUUUCAUGCUCGUAUAUCCGUAUAGGGACCAUCAUGCUGAGGGUCCCCUCCACUAAGAGACUCUUUAAAGCCUUUUCUACCUGUGGCUCCCAUCUCUCUGUGGUGUUUUUAUACUAUGGUGUUUACUUUUUCUCCUCAUCAUGGGAUUCCAAAGACAUAAUUGCUUCAGUCAUGUAUACAGUAGUUACCCCCAUGUUGAACCCCUUCAUCUACAGCCUGAGGAACAGAGAUAUAAAACAGGCCUUAGAGAUGUGUGUCAAUCGGGUUAAGUUCUUUAAGGGGCAAUCACUAAAUCCUCUGGUUGCAGUCAGGAGCACAGGGAGAUAG